GAACAGAUAACAGCUGCGCCUAAUUCAGCUGUAUUGAAAUGGAUGUAUAAUGGAGUGGAUAAAUUUGAUCCAAGAAUUCAUGCUGGUAUUUAUACAUGUAGAGCUGUUAAUCCGUAUUCAUCAUCUGUGAAACAAGUGUACAUCCCAUAUGAUUUAAUGCCUACAG